UCCUUAAAAUUUUGGAAAACCAAUUUGAGAGGUUGUUGGGCUCAACGUUUGAAAAAGCGGGUGCGUUUAACAUCGUUCGAAUCAGACAGAGGUUGACUCAAAGAUUUGAGGAAUCGGGGAUGGAUGCAGAAGAGAGAAAGAAGAAUUCAUCGGAGGUGACAGUGGAAGAGUGGAGUGGGUCGUCUUCAUCGAAGCUCUCUAGAACUGCAACCAUCACUUCGCUGUCCAUCCGGAGAUCUGGCAGUCGGUUCAGCCAUGUCUGGAGGCGGAUUCUCCAGGCAUUUGUACCGGAGGGUUUUCCUAGCAGUGUAACUCCAGAUUAUGCUCCUUUUCAAUUAUGGGAUUCAUUGCAGGGCCUCUCAACUUAUAUACGUACCAUGCUUUCGACCCAAGCUCUCCUAAGCGCCAUUGGGGUCGGUGAGAAAUCAGCAACUGUCAUUGGAGCCACGUUUCAGUGGUUUUUGAGGGACCUAACUGGAAUGCUUGGAGGAAUUUUAUUCACUUUUUACCAGGGCUCAAACCUGGACAGCAAUGCUAAAAUGUGGCGAUUGGUUGCAGAUCUGAUGAAUGAUCUUGGGAUGUUAAUGGAUCUUGUUUCUCCUUUGUUCCCUUCAGCAUUUGUGUUCAUAGUUUGCUUAGGGAGCCUAUCAAGAUCGUUCACUGGUGUUGCAAGUGGAGCAACUAGAGCUGCAUUGACACAACAUUUUGCUCUUCAAAAUAAUGCUGCAGAUAUAUCUGCCAAGGAAGGAAGUCAAGAGACAGUAGCAACAAUGGUUGGCAUGGCUUUUGGAAUGCUUCUUGCUCGCAUUACAAUGGGACACUCUGUUGCUAUUUGGUUCUCUUUCCUUUCUCUCACCAUGUUUCAUAUGUAUGCAAACUACAGGGCUGUUCGUUGCCUUAUAUUAACAACAUUGAACAGUGAGAGAAGCUCAAUUCUUAUAGAGCAUUUCAUGGAGACUGGCCAAGUUUUAUCCCCACAAGAGGUCUCUAAGAUGGAACAUGUUCUACCUUUAUGGGCCUCAUCAUGGAGCUUGAAGAAUGCAAAGUCACUGCAUACACGGAUACAUUUGGGCGUGAGGGUCUCCUCACUUGAUAAGCUGGAAGUGACAGACCUCUUACAUUCUGCAGAAUCUCAUUAUAAGAAAGCCAAGUAUUUGCUGCUGGAAAGGAAGGGAAUCAUCAGUGUUAUUAUGCAUAAAGAUUCAACAGCUUCAGAUGUAUUGCAAUCAUUCAUUCAUGCCCUUGUGAUGGCAAACCUAGUGGAUAAAAGCAUAUAUAUACAUUUGGAGAGUCGAUCAUGGAUGGAUAAACAAUAUGAAAAUUUUCUUCUUAAGUUACAGUCAUCAGGUUGGAAAACAGAACGGCUACUGUCACCAUCAAUUAUUUGGAGGGCAAAUUGGAUAUGCGGGUCUUCAGAUGAAAAGAUUGAGUAGGUAAAUCUCUAGUUAACAGCAUGGAAUUGAUCUAAUUAUCAUGACUGGGAAAGGGUGAAAUUGACAGACAUUCCGCGUGGGAAGCUUUUGGUUGCUUGGUUACAAGAUUAAAAUUUAUAGAAGCUUGUACCUCAUUUCCAACAAGCAGUUCUUGCAAGAACUUGUAUCAAAUUUUUAGAUGCUAAACUACGUUUUGAAUAUAGGAUGGGGAGGUUCUCGGAUUCUCCUUUGCUUGAACUGUAGAGCAAACAAAGAGCUUCUUUCCCCGUUUGUAAUAAAUGUAGAAAUUUUCCUCUCACCUACUUCCCUGAGACAGGAUUAUCUACGAAUUUGGUUCAUUGACUUAA